GUCAAGGGCAGCCGUCCCAGUGUGCCAGUGCAGCAGUCCAACCCUAACCCCUAUGCAUCUUGGCAACCUUAUCUUCCGAUGACGCCAAGAGGCAAACUGCACUGCACCCGGGCCGGAGCCUUUUUUUCGCCAGCCCUUCGCCGCUCUUAGCCGACGACAAGUCAACUCCGUGCUUGCCGGUCAAUUUCCCUCCUAAGCACACGGCAUACUAGAACACAAUGGCAUCCCCGAUGCCUCUCCACAGGAUACAAGCGCCGCUGCGGCGUUCCCUCGCGCGGGCCGCCGCCCUCCCGUGCCGGGCCUACGCCACCGUCCCGCCGCCUUCCGACCCGCCCGCGGCGCAACCGCAGCAGCCAUCCGCGGCCCCCAACGGCAUCACGAAGCGGCGGCCGACCUACUUCAAAGACACCACCGUAGCAUCGCUCACUGACUUCCUGCCCACCGCAACACCAGGAACCCUCCCCCCAAGCGAGGCAUACGCGCCGCGGACGGCGACGGUGGGGCCGGAGGGGCGCAAGCGCACCAUCACGCGGCUGCCGGCGUGGCUCAAGACCCCCAUCCCGUCGGCGGGGGCCAACGCCGGCUUCGCCAAGAUCAAGGCCGACCUGCGCGGGCUCGGCCUGCACACCGUCUGCGAGGAGGCCCGCUGCCCCAACAUCGGCGAGUGCUGGGGCGGCGGCAGCAAGGCGGCCGCCACGGCCACGAUUAUGCUUAUGGGUGAUACCUGCACCCGCGGCUGUCGGUUCUGUAGUGUCAAGACGAGUCGGGCCCCGCCGCCGCUCGAUCCGCACGAGCCGGAGAAUACGGCCGAGGCGUUGGCGCGCUGGGGGCUGGGGUAUGUGGUCUUGACGAGUGUGGAUCGUGAUGAUCUGGCGGAUGGCGGCGCGCGGCACUUUGCCGAGACGAUUCGCCGGAUUAAGGCGAAGAAGCCGACCAUGCUGGUGGAGGCGCUGACGGGGGACUUUAGGGGGGAUCUGGAUAUGGUCAAGGUGGUGGCAGAGAGUGGGUUGGAUGUCUAUGCGCAUAACGUCGAGACGGUGGAGGGGCUGACGCCGUAUGUGCGGGACCGGAGGGCUACGUUUAGGCAGAGUCUGAAGGUGCUGGGGCAUGUGAAAGAGGUUAAGGGGAAGGAAGGGAUCAUCACCAAGACCAGCAUCAUGUUGGGGUUGGGGGAGACGGAGGAGGAGCUUUGGGAAACGCUGAGGGAACUGCGGAAGGUCGACGUGGAUGUCGUCACAUUUGGCCAGUACAUGCGGCCCACCAAGCGGCAUCUCCAGGUCGAGCGGUACGUUACGCCCGAUGAGUUUGAGCUCUGGAGGCAACGUGCCCUCGAUAUGGGCUUCUUGUACUGCGCCAGCGGUCCUCUCGUCCGGUCGUCGUACAAGGCCGGUGAGGCGUUCAUUGAGAACGUGUUGAGGAAGCGAGCCGGCGAGAAGGCUAUGGCCGCGGACAGCCUAAGCCAAGCCGUCGCGGCCGAGGAGACGACCGGGAAGUCACUGUAAGGAUACGGGUUGUAAAAACCUUCAACAUUUCGAGGUGGUGUUUCACACACCAUUCAUGAUAGAUGGGAUUGGGAUAGCAUGAGGUUAGGCGUCCGGAGAAGGG